UACCCAGUGGGCUGUUAAGCUGCAGGACUUGCCUCCACAGGGUGACGUUCCUUGGGCGAGUGACUCGUGAGUUCAGAUAGGUGAAGUGUUCCUGUGCCCUGUGCCUCCUUUCCCCGGCUGGCACCGCCGGCAGUGCAGGGCGGACGGACAGACAAGGGAGGUGGAAAGAGAUGGACGGUACAAUGGAUGGGGAGGAGGAGGCAUACAGGAGGGUCGGAUGGAUGGAGGAGGACAGCCAGUGGGGGUGCACCUGCCCCCAGUGACGAUGCCAUGGCCUGCGCCCCGUGACGCCGAGCUCCGGGCGGCACUGUGACAGGGGCAGCCCGUGGGCAGCCAUGGGGAGCAUCUACAAGGAUUACUUCAACCCGCAGAAGAUCCGGGAGCACUACAACUACACCAAGGAGCUGACGGAGAAGCGGCAGACCCCGGGGCGUGAUGCCGUCUCCAUCGCCAUCGUCAUCCUGUGCUGUCUCAUCGUGCUGGAGAACCUGCUAGUGCUGGUCUCCAUCUACCGUAACAAGAAGUUCCACUCGGCCAUGUUCAUCUUCAUCGGCAACUUGGCCUUCUCCGACCUGCUGGCCGGCUUGGCUUUCAUGGCCAACGUCCUGCUCUCGGGCCAGUACACGUUCAGCCUGACACCGGUGCAGUGGUUCGUGCGGGAGGGCACGGCCUUUGCCACGCUGGCGGCCUCGGUCCUCAGCCUGCUGGCCAUUGCCAUUGAACGGCACGUGGCCAUCACCAAGGUGAAGGUGUACAGCAGCGACAAGAACUGCCGCAUGGUGCUGCUGAUCGGGGCUUGCUGGGUGAUCUCGGUGGCCAUCGGGGGGCUGCCCAUCAUGGGCUGGAACUGCAUGGGCCGCCUGGAGGACUGCUCCACCGUCCUGCCCCUCUACUCCAAGCGCUACAUCCUCUUUGUCGUCACCGUCUUCACCGCCAUCCUGCUCUCCAUCGUGCUGCUGUACGGCCACAUCUACUGCAUCGUCCGCUCCAGCCACGCUGAGAUCGCCAGCGUGCAGACCCUGGCCCUGCUCAAGACGGUCACCAUUGUCCUGGGGGCCUUCAUCAUCUGCUGGCUGCCGGCCUUCAUCAUCCUCCUGCUGGACACCUCGUGCGCCAUCAAGGCCUGCCCCAUCCUCUACAAGGCGGACUAUUUCUUUGGCUUCGCCGCCCUCAACUCGGCCAUCAACCCCGUGAUCUACACGCUGCGUAGCAAGGACAUGCGGAAGGAAUUCCUGCGGGUGCUGUGCUGCUGGGGCAUGGCGGGGCGCGGCAAGCCGGCCGAGCGCUGCAUGGUGCCCCUCCGCAGCUCCAGCUCCCUGGAGCGCUGCACCCAGAAGCAAGACCUGCCCACCUCGCCCAUCCUGCGGGAAUGCACCACCUCGGUGUGAGGCGCCACAGGGACAGCGGGCGCUGAUUGGUACGAAGGGACCCGGCCCGGAGCCGGCUCUCCCGAAGGCGUCUCUGCUGGCAGGGCAAGGAGGGCGGGGACUUUCCAGUUACUGACAAUCUGGUUUGUGUGAUCCCGUCUUCCCGAGCGCCACCCACUCCUGCUGGGAUCCUGCCUGCUCCCAGCACGGCCUCACCCAACCCACGCGGCCAUGCUCACCUGGCGCGCGCCUGGGGGCUGGGCGGAGGUUGCCUGGCUCCAUGCACGCUGGCCCAGGGGCCUUUCUGGCGGAUGCCCUGCCCUGCUGGGAGCUCAGCUCCGCCCUGGUCUGCCUGCGGGUGAACUGCCAGCUGCCCUGCUGGGAUGGAGGGGGCUGGCAGUGACGGGCUAGCUGCACCAAGCCCGGCCCAGGGGGCGCGGAGGGGAUCUGGGCACAGUCAGGGCCAAGCCCUCACUGCAUAUAUGUUCCCUCACCAGCUGGUAGCAUCAGGGCACCAGGAGCCCCCCGCAUGGCGCCCGGCCCUGGCUCAGUGCAGUGAGCAGUCGCUGUCGGGCAGGAUGAACUGGGGGCUGCGCAGAGAACGGAGCAAGAACCCUCGAGAGGCCCACAUCUGGUUAAAGUGAGUGUGUGUGUGGCUGGCUGGCUGGCUGUACGGUGCAGUGUGUGUGUGUGUAGGUAGAGUGUGUGUGUGGCUGGCUGGCUGGCUGUACGGUGCAGUGUGUGUGUGUGUAGGUAGAGUGUGUGUGUGUUUGUGUGGCUGUGCAGUGCACUGUCUGUGUGUAGGCAGUGUGUGUGCAGUGCACAGUGAGUGUGUGUGUGUGUGGCUGUGCAGUGCACUGUCUGUGUGUAGGCAGUGUGUGUGCGGUGCACAGUGUGUGUGUGUAGGCAGAGUGUGUGUGUCUGUGUGUCUGGCUGUGCGGCGCAGUUGGGAUGUGCAGGCAGUGUGUGUGUGUCUGGCUGUGCAGUGCAGUUGGGGUGUGUUGCUCUCACCCGCCCCCUGCUAGGCCUGGCCCAGGACAGGUUUCUGCUCCGCCUGGCCUAGGGGCACAGGCCUUUGCUGGCUCAGGGGCUUCGCUGGGUGCCCUUGCUGGGGUGGAGGGGGGGCGCUGGGCGGGCACGUCCCCUGCCUGGCUGGGAGAAUGAGUCACAGCCUGAUGUGCAGCAACGUGUCCGUGCGGCACGGGGGGGGGGGGGGGUUGUGAAUGGGAAUGGAAGGUGGGUGUGGGAAUGGCAGCCCUACCCAGCACGUGGGGGGGUGCAGGGGGUGUUAAGGUUUUGUUUUAAAAUAACCCGUUGCCCCUGCCCUGUCCCAGGCACAGCCUGUGCCCCAGCCCCCUCCGGACGUGGUGCAGGCAGGGACCUGGUCAGUGUGUGUGUGGUGGGCAGCCCCGUGUCCCGGCGUGUGCCCAGCGGGACGCUGAGUGGGUCCCCCAGGACCUGGGCCCAUCUACGGCAACCAGAUGGCCCAAUUUUAUAGGUACAGUCCCAAUAUUUGGGGCUUUCUCUUAUCAUAGAAUCUCAGGGUUGGAAGGGACCUCGGGAGGUAUCUAGUCCAACCCCCUGCUCAAAGGGGGACGAAGCCCCUGACAGAAUUUUACCCCAGUUCCCUAAGUGGCCCCCUCAAGGAUUGAGCUCCCAACCCUGGGUUUAGCAGGCCAAUGCUCAAAUCACUGAGCUAUCCCUCCCCCCCAUAUAGCCUUAUAUAGGCUCCUAUUACCCCCCACCCGCUGUCCUGGGUUUUCACACUUGCUGUCUGGUCAGCCUAGGCCCGUGCCCCAGGGCCGCUGGAACCGUUUGUGCAGUGGGGGGCUGAGAGCCGGGGAGGUAUCGAAACCACUGCAAGCCCCCCUGUCCCCCGAUUCCAGCACCUCUGGCUGUUCGCUUCUCCGGCCUCGGGGUGCUCCAGCCGUGGGGGCCCAGUGUCACGUGAGCGCAUUGGUAGGAGCUGGGGCCACCCGCGUGGCACAGGGUCAAGACCUGGUUCUUUAGUGCACACGCAGCACAGUCGGUGUGGGGGGUGGGGAGGACACACCCCAUCCCUGGGAAACACUACAGGAGCCCCCAGGUCUGGGCUGCAAGAGCCACCUCUGUACAUGUGGCCCUUGGCGCCGAUUGGAUUAAAAGAUUGU